UAGAGGGUAGGGUGUUCACCAGUGUUCACUUUUGCUUGCUUUUCUGACAGUAGUAUUAGGAAAGAAAAAAACGGCUGAUAGACGUUAUAUUCAUCGUUGAUAAUACGCUGCUGAUUUAGGUUUCACGAUGGACGAUUUACAGAAUUAUAAACUGCAGCUUCAACAGGUGGAAGCAGCUCUUACCACGGAUCCUACUAAUGAAGAACUCUUGAAACUGAAAAUCGAUCUUGAGGAAGUAAUAGAGCUGACACAUGAUUUAAUUAAAUCACAACAACAGGAAAAAAGGCAAGCCAAUGGCAUGGAUGCUAAAGAUCCUAUUUUACUUGCAGUUCUGGCCAAUAAAUGGAAGGUUAGUGAUCAGUGCAUGGCACCCUGGAGUGAAGACGGCAAAUAUUAUGAGGCAACUAUAGAAGCAAUAAGUGAAGACGGCGUUGUUAAUGUAACUUUUAAUGAAUAUAAAAACACAGAUGUCACAAUGCUUAGUCAAUUAAAGUCAGUAGCUAAAAGGCCAGCAUCAGAUUGGGCAGAUCAAAAGUCAAAGAAAAGAAAAAUGCAAGCUGCUGCAGUAGCAGGUUCAGAUCCUAAUAAACAAAGAGAAUACCUUAAGAAAAAGAAACAAAGAAAGCUUCAGAGAUUUAAAGAACUCGAAGAGGAACGCGAAAUGGAGAAAAAUAAAUGGCUGGCAUUUACAAACAAGUCUUCGAAAAAAGGAGUCAUUAAGAAGAGUAUAUUUGCAACACCAGAAAAUGUAAAUGGCCGAGUCGGAAUCGGCACGUGUGGCGUAAGCGGUCGAGAAAUGACGAAAUUCAGUAAUGGCGAGAAAUGGAGGAGGGGAGCAUGAAUACUAUUGUAAAUACGCAAUUUAAUACUUCGUGAAAUAGAACUAUCGAUUAUUGUUAUUACGCUGAAACCAGUUCUCGAAAGAAUUGAGGAAACGUGUUUUGUGUUGUGAGAAUGUUACCGAGUACAUGAAUGGGGAGUGUUUAGCGGUAUUUUUAGAUUGCGUGUAGUAAUUAUGUUACGG